AGCACAUUCAGCAACAUGGCAAGGUGAAAUUCCCGAUCUGUAGCGGUCAAAAACACCAUGGCAUUCAAAAACGAGGAUGUUAUAACAUUCUUUGAUGUUACUGGUUGCAAUGAUGAGACAGAAUCACUCCUCCAUGAAAUUUUAUAUAAAAGAAAAGAUGACCAGUUAGAAUUCCCAUUUGAACUUAAGAAGGACGAUAGAGGUGUUCAUGUAGCAGGGGAUGCACCACUCAUUGAAAACAUCAAAGUAAAAUCUGAUACUGAGUCUAAAAGCAAAGUGAAGCAAGACCGUCCCCAGACAUCUGCCAAAUCCUCAUGUUCAAACUGUAGGGGAACAGAGCAGCAAGGAAAGGAUGUGCAUUCUAGUACAGAACAGGUGCAUUUUAGUGCAGAGAAUGUGCAUUCUAACACUGACAAUCUCCCAGCAAAUGACUCUCAACCAAUGUACAAAUCAUCAGAUCAAUUUGUGUCUAAAGUCACACUGAAAGAAACUGAAAAAACAGUAUCACAUGAACCAAUUCCUGACUCAUUAAAAAUGGCUAAUAGUAAAGAGGUGUCCAAUGACAAAAAAUAUGAGCCAGCAAAGGAAGGCACCACACCCGAUAAUGUUGAUCAACAAAGUAGUGAUUCUAGCGAAAAUACGUCAAAAUUAAACCCUGUUAAAACCUACGAAAGACGUAAUAAAAAGAAACGUCCUGCGAAUUAUUAUGAUUCUCAAGAAAAUGAUUCAGCUUCAGUCCCUCCAAAGGAUGUUUCCCCAGUGAAUAUUGAAGAUUUUGUUGGCGCCCCAGUACAAAGCAUGGACAUGUCAGGAGGGACUUCCAGUAUAGCAUUAAAUGUACCACAUCAUAUGAUGGGUCAGAUACAGGGGUACUCUUCCCAUGGUUCAUUAUCCCAUAUGGGUCCAAUGGUCACUCCAGUGUACAGUAACCUAACACCAGUUUCCACUGGUAUGACAAUAAGUGGUGGGACCAGACCUCAUCACCUAGCAACUAAAAACAACACUGGUGUAUAUGAGGGAACAAUUGGGAACCCAGCAUCAGUUAACAAUAGUGGCAAUAUGAACAAUUCCAGCUCUGUAUAUAUGAAUAUGUCAAGUCAUCCAGCUGCACACAUCAGCACUGCCAAUCACAUGGGGCCAUAUAUGAAUCCUAUCCCUAGCAAUAUAAACAUGAAUAUGAACGCUGCACAUAUGAACUCUGUGAGCAAUAUGAACAAUGGAGGACAUAUGAACAUUAGUGGAGGGAACAUGAACCAUCAAAUGAUGCAAGCAGCCCAAAACCAGUAUACUCCAAAUUUAAUGAACCCUGCACAGAAUUUUGUAAACCCUGGAGUGUUACCCAUGAUAAACACCCAACUUGCCAUGCAGACCCGAGGCCUCCUCCCCAACCCUAAUGUCCCUCAUCAGGCCCAGGGCCUUGUUCAACAUAUGACACAGAUGAAUCUAAGCCCCAACCUCCAUGGUUACCAAGAUGUCGCCCAACCUCGGUCAAGUGUACAAAGUAUUCCAAGUCCUAGGAACAUAAGUCCUGCCAUGGUGCCAGGAGGAUUUGUCCCCAUGGGCCCAAGAGGUGCAACAAGUCCUGUAGUGCUUGCUGGCAACAUGAACCAGCCACGUUUUCCAAUGAACCAGAAUGUGUCCCCCCGACCUUCAACCCAACAGGAAACCAUAAACACUUCCGUCAGUAGAAAAUAUAGUGACCCAAAAGAACCAAGUAAAAAGGAUGAUAAUAUCCAUCCAUUGGCUGUAAUACAGAACAUAAGUGAUAAUGACAAUAAAGCUAAAUCUAUUGGCCAAAAUCCCCAACAAACUCAAAGGUUUACAAAACCUCGCCCACAUAAUUCUAGAAGUCCUGGAGCACCUGCGAAUGCAAACUUCCGGCAGACACGGCCCACAGGACCACAUUAUCGUGCUACCCAUCCUUAUGCCCACCAGUCGUACCCUCCAACUCGCAACCAUUUCCCUAACCAGAAAUUUAAUAGCAAUAGGAACUUUUAUGAACCGCAGCCUCCCAGACAUCAAGCCCCAGCAGAGUUCUAUGGCAAUGGUGAGCGAAGGACACAAAGCUCUAAUGGCAGUAGAAUCCAUGAUAGGUCAACAGACUCUGGUAGAUAUAGGGAUGCCAAUCCUAGAAAAGGCAGAUCUCCACAUAGUGAAGGGGGUCCCAUCAAAAAUAAACCAUUAUCACAACAAGGCAUGUCUCAAAAACCAUAUUCAAAAUCAGUGAGUCCUGCACCGAACAAUAACCCAAAACAAAACAAUGCUAUUAGCUGUGAUCCUAAAAUUGUACAGAAAGAUGUUGUUCAGAAUUCAGUGGAUAAUAAUUCUGAAAAAAAUUCAAAAAUUCCUCAAGAGUUAGAAGAUAGCUUACAAGUUGAGGAUACAGGUGCCUUAGAAGAACCUGGUGCCUUUGUAACCGAUGUAAGUGUUGACCCUAGUGCAGGGAGCCCAGUGAAAACUCCAACUGCAGCAGCAUUAGGGGCACAUGCCUCAAACAUAAUGAAACAAGAUGCAGUAAUUGUAAAUACUAAUAAAGACAAUACAACAUAUAAAGAUGAUGCUAAGUCACAUAAACAACAACACAAGCAUACAGAACCAAGCCAUCAAGUGCCUGUUGAUGUAGAGGAGGUCCAUACGCAUACACAGACUCCAGUAUCUGAUAACAGGAGUCCAUCUCUGAAUGAGCCAGCGCAAGGAGCCCAACCUGACUCUGAGAAUAUUCCAAGUUGUACAACAUCCAUGUCAUAUAAUGACACCAUGGUAACAGUAGAGAAAACAGUAGAAUCUGACAAUUUGGUCAAGGAGGAACCACGCAGUCAUGUAAAUAAUGAUUCCCAAACUGUACAUAAUAAUGACAAUGUUAUCAAAGAUAACAAUAAAUUAGAAAAGAACAGUAGUGCUGAGACUAUGCCUAAUUUUGCCUCUGAUUUCCCACCUGUUACAACAACUACACCAAGUGUUGCCACAACAACCCAAAGUGUUUCCACAGCAACACCAAGUAUUGGCUCAACAGCCCCUGGUGUUGCCACAACCAUGUCUGGCGUUACCACAACAACUGCAUUAUCAACAACCAUACCAGUAACAGUGACAACUUCGGUGUCUAUUCCAAGCUCCACUGAAACCACGCCCACUUCUACACAAGCCACACCCUCUUCUUCACAAACCACACCUACUCAAUCCCCUUCCUCUCAAGUGACAGUGGCAGCCCCAGCUAAACCCUCAUCAUGGGCAGGUCUCUUCAAAGCAAAACCUGCUACUAUUCAGCCUAUGAAUCCUGCAAUGCUAAAUUCCAACAAUAGUGCAAUUCCAGAUGGCAAAAAUGAAGGUGCAAAACCAAAAAUGUCUGCAGUAUUGAAUAACUCCUCACCAAAGGUAGUAGCCCAAUCUGGUAAACCAGGUUCAACGCUUCACCAACUAGGAGAGAUCCUGGACAGCUUUAAGGCCAACCACAAGGUUGUUCCCCUUCAACCAAGAGGCUUGAUAAACAGAGGCAACUGGUGCUAUAUCAAUGCAACCCUACAGGCACUGUUGGCAUGUCCACCAUUCUAUCAUCUCAUUAAAGCGAUUCCCUUUUACCCUGCACUCAAUCACAGCGAAUCUAGCAGUUCUCCCAUCAUAGAUUGCAUAGUUAACUUUAUGGAUAAUUUCACUCCCCAUCAUGUGAACAAGUCUCUCACUAAGAAUAAGCGGACACAAGACUUGUUGUCUGGCUCGUCCUUUGAACCUACUCAAGUCUACAAGAUGUUGCAGUGCUUAGAGUCCAACAAUGUAUUCAAGCAUGGAAAACAGGAGGAUGCUGAAGAAUUCCUCAGCCUCAUUCUUAAUGGUCUCCAUGACGAAAUGGUUGCGGCUCUUAAAAUUUUCCACGGGGAAGAUGACACUGAAAAGGAAACCAAAGUGACAAAUGGUGAUGUUGCAGAUGAGGCAGAAGAUGACGAGGACGGAUGGGAACAAGUGGGGCCCAAAAACAAGAGUGUUGUCACGAGAGUGACGGAAUCUGUACCAUCCCCCAUCAUGGAGGUAUUUGGGGGUCAGCUACGGUCUGUGUUCCACCAACAAGGGUGUAAAGAGUCUGCAACCUUACAGCCUUUCUUCACUCUGCCUCUUGACAUACAGCCCGAGAAAGUGCUGACCUUGAAAGAUGCAAUAGAGAAUGUUAUGACAAAGGAAGUCAUCCAUGGAUAUACAAACUCAAAAACUAAAAAAGAGGUUGAAGCUUACAAGCGUCUUAGCUUAGAAUCCAUGCCCCCGGUCUUAAUAUUGCAUCUGAAAUGCUUUGUCUACAACAAAUCGGGAGGAAUACAGAAACUGUUGAAACAAAUUGAGUUUGGAGAAUCCCUGGAGAUCAGCAAAGAUCUUCUCUCUGCUAACGUGAAACAAAAAUACCACCAGGGUCAAAGGUCAUACAAGCUGUUCGCAGUGGUGAACCACCAUGGUACCAAAGCAGUAGGAGGUCAUUAUACAACAGAUAUCUAUCACAAUGCCAUUAACAGCUGGAUUAGAUGUGACGACAGCGAAGUUAAGGGUGUUAACCUAUCGCAGGUCUUAAAAUUUCAACCUCCAAAAGUACCAUAUUUGGUGUACUACAGACGCUGUGAUCUCAUAUAGAGGUUCCACGAUAGGCUGUGGGACAUGAAGGAUUUAAUGAUGUUGAGAUAAAUGCUGAAUUUUAUAUGAUUUAUUGAUCGGAAUAUGAACUGAUUGAAAAUUGCAAUUAUUAUGAAUUUCCCCUUGUAUAAAAUGAAUGCUGGCAGAAUGAAAUGAUGCCAUGUUAAGUUAAGACUCCUCGGAGAGAUAUAUGUAAGGCAUUGGGCAAAGCACAAAGCUGAUUGAAUGUUAACAUGUAGAGACACGCUUAGUGGAUAUUAAGUUGAGUCCAAAGCAGAAGUGCAGAUAUGAGAGACUGAACCCUGUACAGAUGAAGAGUCAGUUCAAAUGCUUGUAGAAAAUAGUGAGAUUGUGAAGUUCAAACAAUUUAUUUGCUUCAGGCCAUGAUUUGAAGAGUUUCAUUAGUUAUUACACCCCUACCACCAACCUACCAUGUAGUUCCCAUGUUUAGCCAACCAUAGCCAUCAUGCAUUGAUCCAGUGAUCUCCCCAGGAUUUUUUCUCAGGUGGGUGCAAGAUUCUCAUUUUCUUAAUUCAGACCAAAAUUGGUCAAAA